AUGGAUUAUGAGCCUGUAAUGAACAAGCUCAUAAAAAAAGUAGUAAGGAAGUUUUACGAGCCCCAACAUGUAGUUAUUACUGACAUUCUGCUUCAUAAGACUCUUCUCUACGAUGCGGAGCUCUGCGGGAGGAUGAAGAUGCUUUCGAAGGAAGUUAAUCGUCUGAUAAUAAGACUGAAGGAAGAUAAGAUUGUUAAGUAUGAGACAAAGGUGGAAAAUAGAGAGGACAAUGGACAAGUUCUUCGCACUGUGUAUUACAUAAACUAUGCAGAGGUCCGAGACGUCAUCAAGUAUAAGAUAUUUAAAAUGACAAAGAAUCUAGAGAACAAUAUAAAGAUGGCACAGACAGAAGGAUAUAUAUGCAUGGAAUGUGGGCGGGAGUACAGUUCUUUGGAUGCUCAGAGUCUUAUGGAGAACUAUGUGUUCAAAUGCGAGGAUUGUAAAGGAGAUCUUGCGGAAAACAAGAAGGAUAGGAGCGCCGACUGCACGAUGUAUUCCAACUUGAUGUCCGAGCUGGAUGAUAUUAUUCUCCUCCUGAAGGAAACAGACAAGUUCAGCAUCCCGUCUUUGGACUAUUUCCAAGUUCUUCAGAUGAAGAAAGAAAAGGAAACCAAACAAAUGCCUAGCAAAAAGGAAGAGCAGGUGUCUGAGAUGGCGCUUCCUGUUGUGGAGGAGUUUGAGAUGGGAGAGUCCUACACUGCUAGUGAUAGGGAAGAUCAAAAAAAGGAAGUGAAGAUAGAAGAAUACGUUACAGUGAACGGAACCAAGAAACUGUUCUCCGAUGUUACUGAGGAAGACAAAGAGAUGAUGAACGAGGCUGAAUAUGAAGAAUAUUAUGAUAUCUAUUCUAAAUACUAUGACAAUGGAAACUGA